AUGAUAAGUUUUUGGCUGAAGGACAACAAUUCAACGAAAUGGUCGGAGGGUUUAAGAUAUGUCCAGUUCAUGAAAAACCGUGCCUUUCACUCAGGAAUAAAACAAUCGCCUUACAAGGACUUAUUCGGGAUAGAGUCUAGAGUAGGACUUUCGACUUCAUCGUUACCGCAAGAAAUAGUAAAUGAUCUUCAGAAUGAGGACGACCUCAGAAAAGUUAUCGAAGAUGACUCGAAUAGUAAUCAUAGUGAAGAUGGAGAUGGCGGUGUUGUGGAAAUUGAUACACAGAACAUUAAAGUUGCUAGAAUAACGGCGGCAAAAAAUCUUAAAAAACAAGCAAAAAAAAUUAAAGCUUCUUCCGACAAAUCCCAUCCACCUGCCAACAUUGCAGACAAUGUAACUAUACCAAUUCCAGACGUAGACAAAGGCAGAGGUGAUCUCAGAAACAUUAUUGGGGUUAUUCUUCGGAAAAACGAUGAGGACCUUUAUAAAGUUGGCACCAAACAUGGUGUAUUGCAGAAAUUAUAUUGCAG